GACUAAAAACAAAUUUCAUUCCCCCUGUUGUCUUAAAGCAUUUCAUCAUUUAACUUCUUUUAAUAAAUUCAACGUAGGAGGAAUAUUUAUAACUUUUAACGCAGGAAGUUAGAAAAAUGUCUAAGAAAACCAAUAAGCCUGAUGGCAUUGGUGAAACAAAAAAAGAAAGCAUAAAAACCGAAAGACUGUCUUCGUUAUUUUCAACUCAACGAGAUCUCAACCUUCUCAAUAAUGCGAAAACAAAUCAGCGAGCUCAAACUAAUAAGAAAAGCUACGCACCAAAUUUAAAUGUAGCUAGAAACAAAAACACAGAAAAAGUGAGUGAAAGUUCUCGCGAAAAUAAUAAAAGUGAGCGUGGCAAGAACGCUAGAGGACGAGGAGGGCGUAAUAAUGUUAAUAAUAACAACAAAAGGAAUAACUUGGUGCAAACAGUUGGCUUCUUAUCUGAAGGUAUAGCAAGUGCACCAAUUUUUCGAAAGUCCAACGACCACUACGGAGGCUCUUCCAGGGAUAACACAGCUGAUACUCUUCAAAGGCCAAGAAUCGUCCGACGAGACACAAAACCUGAUAAGUCAGAACUAGACGCUGAACAGAGGACAUUGGUUAAUCUUUUAGGGGACGGUGAAGAGGAUGAAUUAAACCUCGAUGACGAUGACAGCAAAACAUCUUCAGAAGAAUUUCUUCCAAUCAAAAUUUGCAAUCCUAAUAAACGUAGAAUUGGAACAAUUAGUAAAAAAUCGGAAACUGAAAUGAAAAUAAAAAUUGAACCAGUUGACGAUUCAGUAGAAGUUGAUUCAUCUGAAAAUUCUCUUACGAAUGGGUCAAUUGCAAUAAAAAAUGAGCCUGGAAUAGAAAUAAAGUCUGAAGAAUUUCAUCGAAUGGAUAAACUUUUUGAUGCCACACCAAAUGAUUUUAUGCUUUUUCAAUUACCAGAUACACUUCCAGGCCGAGCUCCAGAUGCAACAGAAACUGGUGAAACUUCUACUAAAAGCGAAAGCCCUAAUCUCUGCAAUCUUGAGCAUCUUGAAGAAGGACUUAUUGGUAAACUUGUAAGAUACAAGUCAGGAAAAACGAAAUUAAUGCUUGGCGACACACUUUACGAUGUUGAUCUGGGCCUAAAAUCUGAUUUUCAACAAAAUGCUGUAACUGUAAAUACUAACAGUACCGAGCGGAGUGCCAGUGUUUACAGUUUAGGACAAAUCAAUGCAAAAUUUAAUGUUAAAGAUGGUGAUCAACUACCUCAGCAACUUUGUUUAGCUUGCGUAUCUGAGCUGAAUAAAUGUUUUGCGUUUCGAGAAAAAUGUAUUCGAACAAAUUCAACACUACGAACUUAUUUGGAUUUAUCUGAUGACUCUGAUGAUGGAAUGCCAGAAGAGAAGUUCACAGUUAAGAAAUCUCCAGUGAAAAGAAAGCUAUUCAAUAUUCGAGAUUCGAAAGAAGAGACUUAUGAAGAAAUUGAAGUUACAGAAGAUUUAAUCGAAGCAUCAAAAAAUCGAAGUCAAGAUGAAAAUGUAAACACAGAAAUGGUUCUUGAAAUGGAUGACAUUACAAAUCUUCUGAAUCCAAUUGCACAAUCUUCUCCCAAUGAAGAUGUUAAAAUUACGAGUCAAGAUGAAAAUAAUCUUGUUUUCAUCAUUCAAAAUGUUUCUAAUGAUUCGUCGAAUGUGGUUCAAAGCACAAGUACAAUUAAAUCAAAUACAUCAAAUUAUCAAAAUGAAUCUAAAGAAAAAUUUAGGUGUAAGAUUUGUGAAAUGGAAUUUGUUCGUAGAAAAAAUUAUGACAAUCAUAUGCAGCGUUUCCAUUCAGGCGAGGAAGAAGAGACAACACUUGAUAAGAAACGUUUGCGUCUAAAACUUACAAAUGACAAGGACAACGAUCAAUCCAAACAAGAACUUGAAGAAAAUCCUGAAGCAAAAAAGUGCAAAACAUGCGGAGCUUUAUAUUUAAAUGAAAAAUCCCUUCGACUGCAUGAACGUCGCAAUGCUUGUAAACAAGAGUCAUAUCAAUGUGAUGUGUGCAAAAAAGUGUUCACAGAUCAAAAUUUGUUCACAGAACAUACAAAAAGCCACCCACAACAAGAACAAGAAAUAAAAAUUGAAGAGCCUUUUGAUCCAUCGAAAAAAUUCAACUGCACAAUUUGUCCAAAAGCUUUCAGAAUGCUUUCAACUUUGAAAGAUCAUUUAAGAACGCAUACAGGUGAUAAACCAUUCAAAUGCACAAUCUGUGGAAGAGGAUUUUCUCAAAAUACAAAUCUGAAACAACAUUUAAGACGACAUACUCAAAUCAAGCCUUUUAAAUGUACUUUUGAUAACUGUGAAGCGUCUUUUGUCAGUAAAGGAGAACUUGAAUCUCACAAUCGUAAGCAUACCGGGGAAAAACCGCAUAAGUGUAAAUUUUGUGGCAGAGCAUUCACUCAAAAAUCUGAUAUGUCAGCACAUGAAAGAACUCACACUGGUGACAGACCAUUUGUAUGUACGAUAUGCAACUCCGCAUUUCAUCAAAGUGGAACAUUGAGAACUCAUUUGAAAAUUCACUCAAAACCUAGUGAUGCUGAUGAUGUUGGGGAAGAAGAGACUGACGACGAUUAAAACCUUGAAAGUUAAAAAUGAUAAUUUCAUCAAAGAAUUAUUUCUAACAAUUCAUGAAUAUUUAUCACUCAUCGAUUUUAAACCAUUUUAAUAAUAUAAUUAGAUAUAAUAUACAUUAUUAUANUAAAAUUCUUUUAGAAAGGUUGAAUAUACAAAAUGAUUA